AAAAAUAUUUUUAAGGAAAAAUAAAAAAUAAUAAAAACAAAAGUAGAGGACAUUAUUGUAAUUGAACUAAAACGAUGGUAGCAUAGCAGUAGUAGUAGAUUGAGUUCACUAUAAGUAUGAACUUAUCUAACUCAGUCUUCUUCAAUUCAUUCUUACGCCAUGACUAGUAUGAGGUUCCUCACUCACUCUCCCACUCCAACCAGUUGUUGUUAUGUCUAUGUUGUUAAUGUUAUCCUCAUUAUUAUCACUAUCACUAGUACUACUACCCUUGUUUUGACCGAGUCAACUCGGCCUCCUUACGCCUGCGACUCGGCCAACCCUACCACAAAGUCCUUACCUUUCUGCAAAACAGAGUUGCCCAUCACCCGCAGGGUUCAGGACCUCGUCUCCCGUCUCACACUAGACGAGAAGAUAUCCCAACUCGUUAACACCGCCCCUUCCAUUCCCCGACUCGGUAUCCCCGCUUACGAGUGGUGGUCAGAAGCCUUACAUGGUGUCGCCGAUGCCGGUCCCGGCGUAAGGUUUGACGGAGCCAUUCACUCUGCCACCAGCUUCCCUCAAGUCAUUCUCACCGCUGCCUCUUUUGAUGCCAACCUUUGGUACCGAAUCGGCCAGGUGAUUGGAACCGAAGCGAGAGCCGUGUACAAUGGUGGAGAAGCAAAAGGAAUGACAUUUUGGGCUCCAAACAUAAACAUUUUUAGAGAUCCAAGAUGGGGAAGAGGGCAAGAAACGCCGGGAGAAGAUCCGGUGGUGACUGGGAAAUAUGCAGUGUCGUAUGUGAGAGGUGUACAAGGGGACUCAUUUGAAGGAGGCAAGCUUGGUGGUGCUCAUCUUCUUGCUUCAGCUUGUUGUAAGCAUUUUACAGCUUAUGAUUUGGACAAUUGGAAAGGCAUUAAUCGGUUUGUCUUCGAUGCUCAUGUGACUCAGCAAGACCUAGCUGACACGUACCAGCCUCCGUUCCAAAGCUGCAUAGAGAAAGCAAAAGCAAGUGGGAUAAUGUGCGCUUACAACCGUGUCAAUGGGGUCCCAAACUGUGCCGAUUUCAACCUCUUAUCUAAGAUUGCUCGAGCCCAGUGGGGAUUUCACGGGUACAUUACGUCCGACUGCGACGCCGUUUCGAUCAUGUACGACAACCAAGGAUUCGCAAAGUCGCCUGAAGAUGCUGUCGUUGAUGUGCUUAAAGCUGGUAUGGAUGUGAACUGCGGUUCUUACUUACAGAACCACACAAAAUCAGCUGUUCUGAAGAGAAAGCUUCCAGUGUCCCAAAUAGACAGAGCUCUCCACAACUUAUUCGCCGUUAGAAUGAGACUAGGCCUCUUCGAAGGUGAUCCCACAAAAUCCCUUUACGGCAACAUUGGUCCAAACCAAGUGUGUUCACAAAGCCACCAAGCUCUGGCCCUUGAAGCAGCUCUAAACGGCAUCGUUUUAUUGAAGAAUUCAGCCAAGCUCCUCCCUUUUUCACAUUCAAAUUCAAUCACCUUGGCCGUCAUUGGCCCCAACGCAGACUCCCCGAAAACCCUUCAAGGAAACUACUUCGGUCCUCCAUGCAAAUCCAUUUCUCUGCUCCAAGCUCUUCGGGGGUACGUUAAGAACGCGGCUUAUCACCCGGGCUGCGCUGACGCCGUGAAUUGUACCUCUGUCGAUAUCAAGAGGGCAGUUGAGGUAGCGAAAGGAGCUGAUCAUGUAGUGUUGGUUGUUGGAUUGGAUCAAUCACAAGAGAGAGAAGAUCAUGACCGUGAGCACUUGGAGCUUCCAGGUAAACAAGAGGAGCUCAUCUCUGCAGUAGCCAAAGCCGCCAAGAAACCGGUUGUACUUGUUCUUCUUUCCGGUGGCCCUGUUGAUGUGUCCUUCGCUAAGUAUGACCGCCGCAUUGGAAGCAUCUUGUGGGCAGGGUAUCCAGGCGAAGCCGGUGGACUUGCUCUUGCCCAAAUCAUAUUUGGUCAUCAUAACCCAGGAGGGAGAUUGCCAGUGACUUGGUAUCCAAAAGAUUAUGUAAAAAUCCCAAUGACGGACAUGAGGAUGAGGGCUUCACCGUCUUCUGGUUAUCCGGGUCGAACUUACCGAUUCUACAAAGGCCCCAAAGUAUUUGAGUUCGGUUAUGGCCUUAGUUACUCUACAUAUUCUUACAAACUCUCCUCUCCCACUCAAAACAAGCUCUACUUGAAUCUGUCGUCCUCUUCCAUAGCUGUGGCAGCCGAGUCUCAGCAGCCAGACUCUGUUAUUGUUUCCGAGCUAAGCCAAGAAUUCUGUGAAACAAAAUCGUUUUCAGUUUCAGUCGGAGUUGAGAAUGAAGGAGAAAUGGAGGGGAAGCAUUCGGUGUUGCUUUUCAUGAAGAGGGAAAUAAAUAAUAACACAAAUAAUGGAGGCAAUCCACUAAAGCAACUGGUGGGAUUUGAGAGUGUGAAGUUGAAAGCAGGGGAAAGAGGUGAAGUUGAGUUCAGGUUGAGCCCUUGUGACCACUUGAGUAAUGCCAAUGAGGAUGGUAUGAUGGUUUUAGAACAAGGCUCUCGUGUGUUACUUGUGGGAGAAGAAGAGUACCCAAUUCAUAUUAUAUUUUGAUUGUUUUUUUUGGGGGAUAAUAUGAUACAGUACCGAGUACUCUCUCUUACUAUGAUCAAACAUUAUCAGCUUCAAAUUUGUUGGAAGCUUUUUUUUCAUACCGUAAUCUGAUGAAUGGAAUUUCAAGUA